GAGAUAGUAACAAAAGUUGUAAUGCCAUACCACGCGAUUUUUACGGCUACCUUUUGGUUACAUGGCAGUGCCUAGGAGUCAAUCUCUUGGCCGCCGAACGUAGUAUUUGCCUAGUAAAGCAGAGUGAGGAUGAUGCCACUGCUCAUCUGGCUUGCAUACGUCGUCGUCGCGUCCCAGGACUCAGCUCGCGACUACGCGGCGCCUCGCCGGCAUCCCAGUCCACGCCAGCGCCGCAACAUUAGUCAUGCGGCUCGUAACGCGAGCCGCGCGGCAAGACGCUUCUGCACGGGCCGACGCCAGAGCCGCGACGCCAUCGUCUACUUAGGUCAGAGGACGCACUCGUCCUACGACGCGACGCGAACCAUCACGCUGAACGCGUCCUUGGAGAUGCUGCAUGCGAACAUGAGACGCACCGUAGAAGCGGCUGAUGUUAUAAUCUUUCACGAGGGCGACCUCGAUGCCAUCGCGAACGUGCGCAUGUGCCUCCUGCGCGAGGAGACGGGCUGGGGACCGCCGCCGUGGCUCUCUGAAAUUCCCGCGAACGAAAAUUGGUCCGCGGGCUAUCGCUUCAUGAUUCGGUUCUACGCCGUCACGAUCUGGCCGACGCUUCAUAGACUCGGCUAUCAGUACGUGAUGCGCAUGGACGACGACUCGUUUAUCCUGUCGCCCGUGAAAUACAACGUCUUCAACGACUUGCGACGUAGGGGCGCGUGGUACGCCUACCGCACGCUCAGCAGGGAAUGUCCGCUUUUUUUUGGAGAGUUCGUCGACGGCUUCAUCGCGAGCGUGACGCCCAAACUAGGCAACCGUCCGCCGCCGCGCGGGGAGUCCUACUGCAGUUCUACGGGAGCGCUGGCUUUCUACAAUAACUGGCACGUAACGAAAAUAUCGUGGUGGCUCGAACCGGGACGCGCGAGGUUCGCGGAGGCCUUCGAUAGAUCGAAUCUCAUUUUCACCCACCGCGCGGGAGACCUGCUCUUCCAGACGGCCUCCGUCAAGUUGUUCAUGCCGAAGGCGCGGCGACGGCGGUACGCUGACUUUACGUAUCGGCACCAUUCCAUCAUCGGCGGACAGGUAGCCUUUGGCGGCAUCGAGGCGGGAUGGCGCGAUCGCGACGCGCGGGCGACGCUUCGGGCCUACGCGGCGACGUUCGAAGGCGUCGGCAACGGCACCGGGACGACGUCGGAUCUACGCGUGCGCAAGUGCGGCGUCCAGGAGGAGGUCGACGGACCGUUCCGGCCCACGCUCUACAUCAGCCCCGCGCUCGACGCCGCGGAGGCGCAUCACGUGCCGCCGUCGUUUACGACGGCACCGUUCUGUGAGGAGCAGAUGCCUCGGGCGGAAUUCGAGUAGUUAGUAUUUUGG